AUGGUAGUGAUUCAUGGCCUUCCAGGAAUAGGUAAGACAACAAUUGCCAAAGCUAUUUAUGAUUUAAUUGCAUAUUGUUUUGAAGGAAGCAGCUUUCUGGAGAAUGUUAAAGAAAACUCAAGAACAAAUGAUGGCAAAUGCCAAUUAAGAGAGGCACAUUAUUUUGAGAUCUUAGGAGGUGGAACUAUGAAGGAGCUAGGUGCAAUUAAAAGAAUCAACAUGAGAAUCAAAAUGCCUGAGCAUAAAAGAAUUCUUGUAAUUCUUGAUGAUGUGGACAAAUUAAUCCAAGUAAUAGAUUUGCUUGGCGAAUGCAAUUGUUUUGCUUCUGGAAGUAGAAGUAUCACCACAACAAGAGAUGAAAAAUUACUAUCUACUCUUCAAGAAGAUUAUCAUUUAACCUACUAUAACUACAGGCUCAAGGAAUUAGAUAAACAUGAAUCUCGUGAGCUCUUUUGUCAACAUGCAUUCAAAGAAAACAAGCCUAAGAAAGGUUAUUUAGAACUCGUAGACCAAUUUUUAAGCUACGCCAAAGGUCUUCCAUUAGCUUUGAAAAUAAUAGGCUCUGAUUUGUAUCCAAGAGAUGAUAUGCACUGUUGGAAAAGUGCAUUAGAUAAGUACGAAAGAAUUCUUAAUCCAAAUAUUCUGCAAGUACUCAAAAUAAGUUACGAUGGAUUGGACCAAACUCAGCAGCAUAUUUUCCUUGAUAUUGCAUCUUUUCUCAGGGGAUUAUGCAAGGAUGUUGUCGGGCAUAUACUAGAAAGUUGCAAUUCUUAUGACCCAUAUUAUGAUAUUGAAAUACCUAAAGAUAAGUGUCUCAUAUUUGUUGAUAAAGAUGGCAAUUUAUCGAUGCAUGACUUGAUACAACGAAUGAGUUUGGAAAUUAUCAAACAAGAAUCAAAAGUAUCAAAGAAACAUAAAAGGUUAUUGUGUUAUGAUGAUGCUUUUGAACUACAAGAUACGGGAUUAGAAGAAGUUGAAGGCAUAAUAUUGUGCUUACCACAACCAAGAAACAUGCAACUGGAUUUUGGAAGGAUGAAAAAUCUCAAAUACUUGAUAGUUCGUAAUUUAAUUUGUGAAGAUGUCGUAUAUCUUCCAAAUGAGUUAAGGUUAAUUGAUUGGAAUGGAUUUCCUUUACCUUCCUUGCCAGCCACCGUUAAUCUUCAAAAGCUUGUUGUCCUUAAAGUGCCACAAAGCCACAGCAGCCGGUUCACAGCUUUGAAGGAUAUGGAUUUCACUGACUGUAAAAAUAUUACUAUGUUACCUGAUUUAUUAGUGAUUGCCCCAAACAUAAAGAAGCUGAAACUUAAAAGAUGUGAAAAUUUAGUUGAGAUUCAUCAGUCUGUUGGACUUCUUGAAGCGCUUGAAUAUUGGAGUCUCAGAGGAUGUAAAAAUCUUAAAAUUAUUCCAAGAAUUCUUAAGUUGAAAUCUCUUCAAUGGUUUUAUCUCAAAGGCUAUGAAAGUCUUUGGAAGUUCCCCGAUAUUGGGCAAAGUACGGAAAGAUUAGCUCUGCCUUCGUCAAUUGGAAAUCUCACUAGCGUUCAAGAUUUAAUUAUCCAUUCUAAAAACCUUAAUGAUCUAUUUCAAUGUUGUCCCUUCGCUAAAGGAAUGCGGUAUGGUGGUAGAUGGGGUUUUCGAGUUGAAAUGAUCCAAGCUCAAUCAAUAAGGGAAUUCGUUGAACAUAUAAUUGAACCCCCAAAGGAAUUACUUGUAGAAAGAGUGAACAAAGAUGAAUUCACACUGUAUGCAGUAUUGGCUAUGAAUAUUCUUUUGGAUGCACGGGAGGAUGCUUUGUUUUCAAACGCUAAACACAGCAUAAACCAGCUAGUACAUCAUCUUAACAAUCAUUAUGACUCUUACGUGAGAUCACUUGAUAGGCAAAACAGGGAAAGGGCUUGGUUCAAGCCAGCUGACCGAUGGGUAAAGCUUAAUUUUGAUGGGUCAUAUGACCAAAAGAAUGCAGGCUUGGCUGCGAUUCUCAAAGAUGAACGUGGGAAUGGCAGAGCAGUCAGACAUGGCAUAAACAUCAACGGCAAGAUGGGCAAUGCCAUUGGCCAAACAGGACAGACUUGA